UCCAUAGCCUCGACUUCAUCAUCACCGCGAAACGUCAAAAAAGCAGGAAUAAAAUGGAAAAAUAUUCAUCAAAGAAGAAAUCCGCGUCUUUGAUAGAACAAUUUUGCUCAGUUACUGGGGCAUCGAAGGAUAUUGGGGGUCAGUUGCUGGAGGCAUGUAAUAAUAACUUGGAGCUGGCUAUCAACAUGCACAUGGAAGGGGGCGGUGAAACACAGACACCUGGACCCAGCAAUUUAGAUGCAGUUCGAGCCCCAAUACCACAGACAGAGGAGGUCCUAAUAGAUGAAGCCCCUGCAUAUGCCGCAUACAACAGAAGGAAGCGGAAAGCUCGGUCUGUGUUUGAUGGCUUCAGAGACUUCCAGGCAGAAGCAAGACAGCAGGAGGAGGAGCUAAUGGCCGGGGGAUCUGGGGCCCGCACACGCAAAACUCGCACCCUACAGGACCUCUUUAGGCCGCCUCUAGAUCUCAUAUACAAGGGAACAUUCGCCAAUGCUCGUGAGACUGGCAAGACACAGGGUCGAUGGUUGAUGGUAAACAUACAGAACGUGCAGGAGUUCUCCUGUCAGGCGCUCAACCGUGACAUCUGGAGCAACUCGGCUGUCAAGGCUCUCAUCAAGGACAGCUUCAUCUUCUGGCAGGUAUAUCAUGACAGCGAGGAGGGUCAGCGUUACCGCCAGUUCUAUAAGGUGGAGGGCUGGCCUUACGUGGCUGUCCUGGACCCUACCACUGGCGAAAACCUCAUCUCAUGGAACAAGAUUCAACCAGUGACAUUCUGUGAUAUAAUUGUAGAAUUCUUGAAGAAACACCCACACAUUGAAGGAUUGUCUCCUACACAGCCAAAUAAGAGACAAAAGAGGGAGGACAGUCUGAUGGAGGCAUCGGAGGACGACCAGCUGCAGGCGGCCAUCACAGCCUCCCUGACACACCUCAGCAAGUGCCAAUCCGUCCAUACACCUGCCCCUGACACUGACUCGGAUAUCAGUGACCUUGAAACAUUCACUGACUCCAGUGAUGAUGCCCACUCCCCACACAAAACUCGGGCACGCAGGAGCUCGGGGAACCAAGGAUCCCCAGUGAAAGGAGCUCCCUGUGGGUCCCAGUCUCCAACACCACGUAGAUCUCCCAGAAGCCAGUCAGACAGUGAUGAUGAGUGCAAUGUCACAUGUGAUAGAGCUAAAAGAACAAGAAAACAGUCUCCUCUAGCCACACAGACCUCAAAUGAAAUAAGUGAUAAAAAUAAAAAAGCUCAAACACCAAGAAAAACAAGAAAUGUGUCACCAUUAACAGUAGUCAGUCAAAGUUGCCAGUCACCAAGUAAAGGAUCUCCUAGUAAGAAGCAUAACUCAUCCCCAUCAAAUCCACAGCCAUCAUGCUCACCAGCCAAAUCAAAGAGUAUCCACAAUGAUGUUCACCCUGCAGUUAUUGAUAACAUCCGGCGGACCUCCCUGUCUGAGGAUGAAGACAGCAGGAACGUGUCAGAAAUGACAGAGACAUCUGGGACCAGUGAGCCAGUGGAGAGUGACCGCUCCCUGAUGGAUGUGGCAGCCGACCGCAGGGAUUACAGAAAAUUCCUCGGCCCAGAAACAGAUGAGAAGAUGACACUGAUGCUGCGACUGCCCGAUGGAGAGCGGGACAAGCUGACGUUAGCGGUGUCGUCCCAACUUCUGGCUGUUGUCCUCUAUGUGGGAUCCCGGGGAUAUUCCAACGAGCGUUAUGAGCUGGUGACCCAUUUUCCCCGACGUCACCUCUCCACCCUGGACUUCGACUCCAGCCUCAGGGAUGUAGGCCUUCACACUCAGGAAACGGUGUUCAUCCAGGCCAGGACGUAACACACAACUGCUCAGUGCUCUCAGAUUAUUACAAUUUUUAAAUAUUGACUUGGCACAGUUAUUUAUUGUCAAAAAGGAGAUUUGUUACUUACAUUGCAUUUUUAAACCCAAAACGUUGUUCCAUCAGUUUGUGUAAAUUUGCCUUCAGUUCUGAACCAUUACCAGUACUUCAGCUGCUAACACUUCCUGUAUGAAGUAACAGCACUUUUUAGUUUGCAUUUUUACACUUAUUUGAGAAUCAAAAUGAAUUUGGUUUCAAGUUGUAUAGCAUAAAAUGGAACAAUAUCUUUAAACUUACUAUUUACAUUGAUCACUAUAUUUUUACCUCAAAGUGCUCUCUUUUUAUUUUUGAAGUAGAUAUUUUGCAAUUCUUCAGUAAGUUUAUUUAUCUGCGUGUUUAUGGCGUGUUCCAAUUAUUAUAAAUUUUUUUGUUCAUCUUUAAUAUUGUAUUCAUUCAUGGAUGUUGAUAGCAUGAAUGAUAUUUGAUUGACAUUUUCAUGAAAUAAAUUGAAUGUUAACAAUCUGUUAAA